AUUACAAUGGACAGUCAGAAGGGACUCACUUAGUUGAUCUAGUGACGAGGCUAUCUGAUAUUUCUGUCUGAACAUUUCAAUCAAGGCAGGGCAAACACCACAAGAUGUAGAAUAACAGCAAUAUGCGAUUAUGUAUCAUAGAUGUCAAUCAGCCAAACAGAGGAUAUCUGGUGACAGAAAAAGUAGAAAAGUGAAAAAUACAUGGAAAUCAUUCAUCAGAAACUUGAGCGAGGGGAUUGGAUCAUCCGAGACAUGGCGGGAACUAGGUCUGAGACUGGGCUUUUCUCAGUCUCAAAUGGCUCAGCUGGAUGCGAGCCACAAGGACGACCACUGUUUCUGUGCCCAGAUUAUGUUGAAAGACUGGCACAACAUUGCCAAGAAGUUCAUAGACCAUCCAGAGACACAUGUAUGUGACACUUUGAGACUGAUGGGAAAGGACAACCUGGUAGAAUCAUGUCAGCUGUCUAAAAUAGACGUUUCACAAGCAAGCGUCUACAAUAAGGACACAAUGACGAAAGAAAUUCAAGCCAUUUCGUUUGGUCCUACAACGACGGUGACAGGACCAUCACUGACCCACGCAGCUUAUCAUAUCUCGAACUGUAGUACUGUUAUGAUUGGUACAACAAAUACUGUCACUGGCAGUGCUGAUCAUGUGUCACCAGUUGUGUCAUCAAAGCCGGAAGGUCCAGAAGAAAAGAUUGUGAGAAGUUUGGAAAUGAUUAUCGAGCGACAUCCAAGUAAAGCACAGGGAAUGAAUUUGCAAAAGCUUGAAACUGAGUUCCAGAAUAUGUUAUUGAUUCAAGAUAAUGUAAAACAAACGUUUCAUAACUUUACAGGAAAGAAACUUCUUAAGUUUUUGAAAGAACAUAAUGACCGGUUUGAAAUAUGUCUUGAUAGAUCUAUGUAUUCUGUAAAAACGAUAACCAAAUCGGUUAUGCCCAAAGUUGCCCCUAUACGCACACCCGUAGCAGCUUCUCAUGUACAAGAAGCGACUGAAAGUGCCUUGACCACAAAUCUUUACGUUGAAUCAGAUUCGGACGACGAUGUUCCGUUAGAUUUAGAUGAAAAAUGUGUUGAAACCAAAACAAGUGUGCCUGAAAGGAGACAAAACAUAGUUAAAUCGUAUGCUGCGGCGGUAGGGGCUCGUGGUAAAACUCACACGAGUGCAACAUCAGUCUCUUUACCACCUCCAAACAUUUCUUUCACUAAGUCAAAAUCUUGCAAUCCCGACGACAUAGAAGACGUUCAUUCUGACCCACGAGACUUACUCGAGUUUGUAAAUAACUUCACUGGGGGGCAUUACAUACUAUUCGUUUGUUUCAAGGGGAAAAUGAAAUAUCUAGAUUGUCUUGCACUUGUUCCCUGGCUCGCAGUAUUUGAUUUUGACGACGAAAGUCGUAACAAUGGACUGCUAUCUGUUUUGGAGGAACGGAUCAAGAAGAUGCGUGCAAUAUACACGUGUACAUGGAAGGACACUGCCAAAUUUUCCGAUUAUAGUACUGAAUGGUGCAUGAUCAGAGGAUCGGUUCAAGAGGCAGACAGUAAAACACCAAAGGACAGUAGAAAGUGGUUUCGCACUGUAAAGACCAAAUUAGACCUGCAUUUCGAGACGAUGGCUGCUUUUACUGAGACGUAUACAACAGUAAAAUGCAUAAUUGUCCUUCCCGAAGACGAAGAAACUUUGCAAUGCAUGCAUAAAACAAUGUUGAAGAUGGAAGAGUAUAUCGAGCCUGCCCCUACUGUCAUUGUAUGUGAUCCACAAAGGAUGUCCUAUGGUUCGAAUUCACAAAGCUGGAUCUACAAAGCCAUACAUGUAGACUUCAAACUACGGUGCGAUUUCCAAGAGCUUUGUAAAGCUCUAUCACAUACGUCUCUUGCCGACGAUUUGAAACAGAUGAAGACGCUGUACCGACUUCCAACAUCAGACGACACAAACAACCCAGGAUUUGACGAAUCCUUUGUAUCAAGUCUUCGUGAAAAUUUGGAGGUACUCUACCUUGAUUAUCCGCGCUCUCGACCGAUCGAUUUGGACGCGUUGAAGGAAGAGGGGGACAAGUUCCUAAAAGGAGGAACUCUGCGUUGGUUUGCGUUUUACGAAUGCAAUGCUGGUCAUUUCGAUGCAGAACGAGACAUCAUGGAGUCUAUAGUAAGAACUGUCAUGGAAAAAUUUCUCGGUCCCUUCAAAUCUGGUGUAAUCAAACUGUACCAUGCCCCUGGCUCAGGAGGAACAACUCUCAUGCAACGAGUCCUUUGGGAGUUGCGGAAAUCAUCACCGUGUGCACAGGUGAAAAUACAUCCUACAAUAUCAGUUCAAGAUCUUGCACACAACUUGGAAUCUCUCUUCGAAAAGACGCAUCUUCCAUUAGUUGUGUUGAUAGACGGAGGAGAAGACAAACUGUCAAAGCAGCUGGCCAGGUUGCUAGGACAUGUUAGUAUUGUCAUCCUGCAAGUGAAGCGAUAUCCUCAUACUAUAAGCAUGACUGAACAUCCUCAUAACAAAUUCUUUUUGAAAGGAAAGGUAUCGGAGAAAGAAGCAACGGAGAUUGGUAUGAAAUUUAUGGAUAGGUGCGACAACGAUGCAAAAAGAGAUGCUUUGCAGGAAUUGGUUGUGGAUGUUCAUCAUGGUCGUGACCAUUCAGUUUAUGAAUUUGGUCUAACGACAUUUCUGGAAAAGUACCGUGGAAUUACCUCGUAUGUAAGAGGUUAUCUUCAGUUAGAGUUCAACAAAACUCAAAACCUUGAACCAUGGCAAGAAAUACUUGGAUUUCUGUCAAUGGCAUAUUACUAUGGACAGACAUCGAUGCCGUGCCAAUUCUUUGCCGCUAUGCUUGGGAAACCGUUGAACUACGAUGUUUCAUUCUCAGACUUCCCACAUUUUGUGCAGGAGUUGAUCGUUCCAUGCGAUUCAGAGGGGAGAAAAAACAACAUAAGAAUAUGUCACUACAUUAUCGCAAAGGUAAUUCUUGAUCAGAUUCUGGCAUGGCCACGAAAAUGUGACGAAUCGGUUGCACAAAUUGGCCUCAGUGAGCAAGCAAAAUCAAAGUUGAUGAACUUCGCCUACAAAUUCAUAGAAGAGAGCAAGAAGAGAACUGUGAGGUCAAACAACAGGUCAAAUACCAUCAUUGAAACUUUAACUAGAACAUUUCUGCAUCGCGAUUACAAAGAUGUUGGCGAAGGAGAAAUUUCUAUGCGAAAAAGGCCUCUUUCAACUUUGUUAGAAGACAUACAAAGCAAACCGCCGUACAUAGAGCGAAUCAAAAUCAUCGAGAAGCUCGUUGCGACAUUCCCCGAAAAUCCUACCUUCCAUGCACAUAUGGGUCGCAUAUACAUGAUUUGUCAGCCCGAAGAAGAAGAAACCGCAAGGAAAUGUUUUGAAAAAGCAUUGGAACUUUGCAAGAAAGAAACAAAAGGAAAGAUAAUCGACGACAUCAAUGAAAGUAUGAAAAUAACAUUGAUGCAUAUUUACCACAUGUUUGGUAUGCACUACCUCAGAUGCCUUGGUAAGUUCACUGGUCGAUUUGGUGAAAAGCCUGUAAAGAAAACCCCGAAAGAUGAGUAUCCAAACCGGAUUGAUCACAUCAUAGAACUGGCUAAUUGUGCAUGUAGGCAUUUCACGAAACGACGGGAGAUCACACCCAUAGGGAGUGAAGAAGGAUAUGGAUACAUUGGCGAAAUAACAGUUCGUUUACAGGUAUGCAAUUUUAUAGCCAAGUACUUUCCAAAAGGCAUAUCCAACUUUGGAGAAUAUUUGAGGAUGGCUGAGGGAACCGCUCCAGCGCGCUUCGUAAAAGAAAGUAUCACAGAAAUAUUGGAAUUAUUCAUGGAAUGCUACAGUGCUGUGGAUGCCAGUGACCUUGACCAUGAAUAUUACAAAAAUGUCAACAUGUAUAACGCCCUAUUCAACAACCAUAAGCCUGUGCUGGCAUACAUUUCAAAACCAGAAGACAUAUCAGCCAGAUGCUUUAAAGCAGCAGCUAUCAAACUGAAGUAUGGAAAAGAAGAGAGUCUUGGGGUCAUUGAAAUGAUAACCAGCAAAGUCGAUAUAGAAGAACUUGUCAAAAUUUAUGAAGAAUGUUUUGAAGAAAUCCAGAAAGCAGGCCUUAUCGCGAAACGGCGAGUACUGGAAAUGUGCUACAAAGAAUGGAUCCAUGCGAUUCGUCAUAUACUUUUCCCGCCAAACUACAAACAAGAUGACGUACUUUUGCAAAUACGGCAAUGGAACAGCUUCUUGCGAAGUCCAAUGUCAAAGUUCUAUCUCUUCUGUGUACUGAGUAUAAUUGGGAUCGGUUCUGAUGGCUCUAGAGGAAACGUUGACCAUCUACAAGAGGCUGAUGAAAUAAGGGAAGAAUUGCAGAAGGUGUAUUUUCCAAAGCCCCGACGGCCGAGGGAGUGGUUGGGAAAAGGAAAUGGAAUCAAGGCUCUGAUACCAGUAAGUGAAUUUCUUGGACAUGUAGAAGAACGCAAUGUUAAAGGCGAACCAAACACGUCGCGACUAGCCUUUCUGAAAGGCACCAUACGCAGACCAAAUAGACAGCGACAAACUGGGUUUAUCGACCUAGAUAUCGGUGAAAAUCUGAACACAAUAAAGGUGUUUUUCGUUCCUAUUCGGACAGAGGGAAAGCUGUUUGGCCAGACAUACGCUGGUGAGCGAGUGGAGUUCGCUCUGGCAUUCACAACCUCAAACGGAUAUGAAGCCUACAACGUUGCUCUUUUGGAGAAGAUAAUAUGUACAAACUGUGACAGCUACGUGGAAAUCAAAAGCGACGAGGACUGGACGACUUGUGGAAGUUGCAACAAAAGACUUGACCGAGAAUAAAUGCCAAUGUAAUCAUGAUGAAAUAGGAUACCAUGCAUGUAUACGAAUAAUACGCUAAUCGGAGAGGGAAAAAGGGAGGCGGAUUUUUCAAAAUGUGAUAAAAAAAAUGAGCAAUGGGUAUUCUUAUGGAAAUGGAGGAAUGCGACUACCUGUUUGACAAUUCAAAUCGCGAACUACGGUAUUGACGAACAUAUUUUUUCCAUAAUGGACAACUGGAAGCUACAGACGUUAUCGUAAGCAUAUGCUCAUUAUACAAAUGUAUAAGUGUAGUAUAAUGGUCAAUAAUACGGUUUCAUGUGCAUCUAGUAUUCAUUUCAACAUAGUGGCUACAAAAAUUGUAUAUAACAUUCUUAAUUUAGAAAUGUAUAUAAUUCAUAUUUUCAUAUUUGUAGAUUUCGUUUUAAUGUCUUUGACAUACAAUGUGUAUGAAGUGUUAUGUAUUAAAAAAAAACUAAUUUCAUCAAUUAUCUCGAACUUUGGUAAUGAAAAUAAGAACAGGUAAAAUGGUGGAUAUUUUUUUUCAUGCGUAAACCAUAUUGUUCAUUUAUCUAUUUAUCCAUGCUUUCCCAUUACUACCCUGAUAAAAAAUAUCCGUAACGGAUGAAAUCAUAGGUGUAUGCAUUUAUCGUACAUCUGAAAAUGUAUUCGAUUGUACUUUACUUCUUUUUCAAGAAAAAAACGAUGUUUGUCAUUUACAGGACAAAAAUAAGAAUUUGUAAAUUUAUAAAUACGUAAAGGGAAAGAUGAACAUAGAGAUUUAAGGGGAAAGAAAAGCGGGGUAAAAUAAGAUUUGUAAGUUUAUAGAUAUGUAAAAGGGAAUGAUAGAAGAUAAGGAUUUGUAAAUUUAUAGAUAAUGUAAAGGGAAAAAUAGAAGAUAAAGAUUUGUAGAUUUAUAGAUAUGUAAGGGGAAAGAUAAACAGGAUAAAAUAAGGAUUUGUAUUUAUAGAUAUGUAAAGGGAAAGAUAGAAGAUAAGGAUUUGUAAUUUUUUUAGAUAUGUAAAGAGAAAAAUAAAAAUAAGGAUUUAACAAGUUCAAAAACGCAUCCAGAUCAGCAAUCAGCCUUUAAUCUGAUACAAGUGUGAC